AUGGAUAUGGUAGCCAAACAGAUGACCCAAAUUGCCAAUUUAUUGAGUGAGAUGCGAGGGAACGAGGGAAGAAAUCCUUCUUCUGUUAAACCACCAGACAGAGCAAACAUCCGCCAAAUUACCUUGAGAUCAGGACGAGAGUACAAAGGGCCAACAAUGAAGAUUGAUGAACGAGAGCCGACUGUGGUGAGUGAGGAAAAAGAUAACAUGGUUCAGCAUAAGGAAAACACCGAAACAGGGGGAGCCGGAACAGGGGAUGAUUCGUUCAUCCUUAGCCCAGAAACUGAAGUGGGUAGUGAAGAAACAAGGAAAGAAACUAGAGAGUUUUCCAAGGGAGACUCUAGCAAUACGACUAAACAAGUGAAACUAUUCCCUUAUCUAGGGGAAGCCAGAAAAAAGAAUGAUGAUCAAGUGGAUUUCAUGGAAAUUUUCGGUAAGCUAGAAAUCAACCUGCCAUUUCUACAGGCUAUGAAAUUACCUCUCUUCUGCAAGUUCGUUAAGGAAUUCAUUGCUGGGAAAAUCAAGUCGAAUGGGAAAAUCAUGAUUGGAGAGAGCGUUUCAGCUGUGAUACAAAAGAGGAGGCUGCCAACAAAGAGGACCGACGGAGGUAUGUUUACAUUACCCAUCAAUGUGUUACCUCUUUCACGUUACAAGAAAUUGGAAGGAGUAAGACUAGUUGAUACGAAGGUAGUAAUCCAAUUGGCUGAUAGAUCGUGCAUAAGUCCAAAAGGUGUGCUAGAGAAUGUGAUAGUUAAGGUGCAUGAUUUCUUAUAUCUUACUGAUUUCCAUGUGAUUAAGAUGAUUGAGCAUGAAUCUGCUGAGUCUAGCAGAGUGCUUUUAGGUAGACCGUUCCUACGCAUAGCUAAGACUAUUAUUGAUGUCUUUGAUGGAACGAUUUGUAUGGACUAUCAUGGGGAGAAAUUCACUUUUAACAUUGAUGAGUCUAUUAAAAAACCUUUAGAUGUGGAAAAUCUUCAUGUCGUGGAUAUUAUUAACCCCUUGGUCCAAGAAUAUCUUGAGACUGAACUCAUGCAAGAACAGAUUGAUAAUUCAUAA